GAAGAGAACAACAAAGACAGGGUUAGUUUUAAUAUAUCGGGGGGAGAAGUGCCUUUGCUCGCACUCUGCCUCUCGUGUCGCGUAUAAGCAGUGCAUAGACGGGAAUGUUUACGUUUCGGUGCUACUGUUAGUUGGGGCCGCGUUUCCCUUUAUCGUGGCGACAAUGAGUUGCAUUGUCUAACCACGUUUUCCUUCUUUCUGUUCUUGCGGCGCCGCGUUUUUUUCUUGUUUCAUCGCUGGUGUUGUACCUAAUCACUUGAAAAAAUGGGUAGCUAUAUGAGUAGAGUGUUGACAGCGUCAAAUAGUGCUGUGAAUUCAGUGUGUCGAACGAGGAAACGAAAAAUUAUUGAGGAAGAUGAGUUCGAGUCCGAGAGUAGGUUCAUCGAGAAAACUAUGCACACACCCAAAAGAAGAAAAUUAUUGUCUACUGCUCAGUACAUCUACAAGACAUUGUUCCUUGAGGAGAAAGCCAGCGACAUUACAGUGCUGAUGCUUGGCAAGCCCUGGAGGCUGCACAAAGUUUACAUAAGCCAAAGCCCUUACUUCUCAUCUAUGUUUUCUGGUUCCUGGCGUGAGGCAAAUGAAAAGGUAGUGCGUGUGGAAAUCACAGACCCCAUCAUUACACUAGAGUCUUUAACUGUAGUACUUGGUUCCUUCUAUCAAGAUGAAAUUAACUUUGAACCAAAGGAUGUCAUUUCAAUUCUUGCAACUGCAACCUUGUUCCAACUACAAGGCAUCAUAGAUCAAUGUACAGAAACAAUGGCUGAAACCACAAAUAUGAAGACUGUAGUUUCAUACUAUAAUGCAGCAGUAUCCUAUGGAGUGCCAAAAGUGAAGAAUACUUGUAAAAAAUGGCUAGAGAUAAAUUUAAUGGAUCAUGGCUGGCAACAUCCAAAAUUCUUAAGAGAGAUUAGCCCAUGCUUAAUGGCAGAGCUUAUUGCAAGUCCAGAACUAGUGGUUAUGCAAACAGAAUUUUGCAUUUACAUGAUGCUUAGAGUUUGGCUAUUCGUACAUAUGCAAAAUGCAGAUGAUACUAGCCAAAUGGAAGAAUUUUUCAAAAAUCGUACUUGGACUGAAGCUUUUCUUAACACAAAGGAAGGCCAAGAACUUGCAGCACCAUUCAAAUCUCUUCGGAAAAAGUACCUGUUGAUGAAUGUGCAAGACAUUAAAAUUUUGCAGGAUGAUAAUAUAAUACCUGAAGACUGGUUAUAUCAAUCUUACAAAGAACAAUGGCUACAUAUUUUAAGAAUAGAUGCAAACAAAGACACAGGACCUAAAGAACUGAGUAAAGAAGAUUUCGCUAAAGAAUGUUUCCGCUGUGCAAGGUGUAUUGAUAGACCUGGAGAACAUGUGUGGAGAUGGACUGCUUUUCACUUUGGACUAGACAUUGUAGUUACCUUAGAUCUGACGUCAUUGAGGUUUAAAAGACACAUAGGUAUCGAUUCAGAGCAUAUAAAAGCUAAUCAUAGUAAACAUAGUAUUAUAUUAAAAGUGAAUCUGAUAUCAUUAAAUGAGCAACGGCAAAUUAAAAACUUACAAACUUCAGGACAAAUUAGAUUAUCACUUCAUAAAAGUGAAGAUAAGCAAGUAAUGUGUCUGGAUAAAGAAUUAACAUAUCCUCUUAUUGUGUCGGUUAACAUGCAAGUUGUGACCCCUUUUUCACGGAGUGAAAGUGGCCAAGAUACAAACAUUACAGUCUUCACUAAUACUUAAUGUAUGAAUGAGAAUCUUUGAAAUAAGAAAGCCUCACACGGAAAUAUCGAGAGGCAAGCACAUCGUUCAUUGCUCACAACAAAUCUUAAUAAUACUAGUCGAAAAAUCGCUUAUUGUGUCUGUGAAAUAACAGACAUUGUUUUGCUUAGUGAUAACGCGCACAAAAGGAAAUAUUGUUUGGUCGAUCAGAACCUCAAACACGGUGCCAGUUCAUUAUAGUUUAAAGAUUCGCCACAACAAAUUUUUAUAGUGUGAAAACAAUGAGAACUUUAACUUAAAGAGACUAGUUUUACAUACCAAAACCAUUUUGGUAGAGUAAAAUAAUUAUCAUCUCGCUCAGUUUGAUAUGAAAUAUCAUUUUCGUUUCUUUUCAUUUUUUUUAUCUGAAAUAAAAUAAAAAAAAUAUUUUUAGAUGACAUUUUAUUUUGAAGAUACCACAUUCUUCAUAUGUAACGAUUAUUUUGAGAAAAAAAAGUUUUUCUAAAUAAAAUCAAGUUACUAACAUUCCAAUAUCCCGUCUUGAAUUCGUGAGAUGAAAUUUUCUCAAAAAAAAAAUAAAUAAAAAAUAAAUAAAUAAAUAAAUAAAGGAUUGUUAGGUAUACAAUUGAUUAUCAAAAUAUUUCAGUGUUUAACGUUAUUUGGUACCUCUACGUAGCAAAAUAUAAUGUUUUUCUAUAACACAACAAUACAUGUUGUACGGUGCCUUCAAAGUAUCGAGCUGCAUCAAUGUAGCUGUACAGUAUUGCGUACCUGUCUAUGGGAAAUCUACAUACAUUGCACUUUAUAAUAAAGCU